CCAUACCCAUUUAAUAUUGAAGGCCUCGAAAUUAACUCAUUUGCAACAAGCUAGCUCUGUACAAUCGAUCUCUCCAAGCUCUCUUUCUCCGUUAUGUUCUUCUCUGAUAAGCCUAAUUUGCAGCCCAAACCAAAAAAGUUCUGAAACAUACGCCGCUGCUAGCGUUAAUUCGUGCGAGUCAUGGAGAGCACUGACGUGUCCACCGGCUCGCGACGGCCGAACCUCCCGCCGGGGUUCCGGUUCCAUCCGACAGAUGAAGAGCUAGUGGUUCAUUACCUCAAGAAAAAGGCUAGCUCGGCUCCCCUUCCGGUCGCAAUCAUCGCUGAGGUUGAUCUUUACAAAUUUGAUCCGUGGGAACUCCCAGCUAAGGCUACGUUUGGCGAGCAAGAGUGGUACUUUUUUAGUCCUAGGGACCGGAAGUACCCGAACGGCGCUAGACCGAACCGGGCGGCAACUUCUGGGUAUUGGAAGGCUACGGGAACUGACAAACCUGUGCUAAGUUCGGGGAGUAAUCAAAAGGUUGGUGUGAAGAAAGCCCUUGUGUUCUAUGGAGGGAAGCCUCCAAAGGGGAUCAAGACUAAUUGGAUUAUGCAUGAGUACCGGCUGGCAGAUAACAAGGCUAGCAAUAAGCCUGCUGGGUGUGAUUUAGGCAACAAGAAGAACUCUUUGAGGCUUGAUGAUUGGGUCCUAUGUCGAAUCUACAAAAAGAACAACACGCAUAGAUCUGUUGAUCACGAAAGGGAGGACUCGAUGGAUGACAUGAUUGGAUCAAUACAACCUUCAGUUGCCGUGGGCCAACAUGUGAAACUACAACUAAUUCCAAAGGGGCCCAGUACCAGCUAUGGCCUCGAAAAUUACCCCAGUAUGUUUGAAGGGAUAGUAAACAGUACUGAUGGGAUCAACUCUGCUAGCGCAAUGUGCCAAUUAGCCUCUUCAAGUUCCAAGCGUGAGCUACCUAUGGUUCCAGCCAUGGCAACCUCGAACAACUUCCCUCUGAAACGGACACUCCCUUCUUUGUACUGGAAUGAUCAUAAUCAGGACGCAACGGGGCCUUCAUCGAGCAAGAGAUUGCAUUUGGAUGAUAGUGAUGAUCAAAGUGGAGCAAGGACGACUAAUGGGAAUGCAUCAACGUCUAUAGCCACUCUGCUUAGCCAGCUCCCUCAGACCUCUUCAUUGCACCAACAGGUAAUGCUGGGGUCUAUUAAUGGAGACGGCCUUUUUCGGGCACCUUGUCAGCAGCUUCCUGGUUUGAACUGGUAUUCUUAAUUAAAGUUCGAGUAUUGGGUAUGAGUGACUGCACAUGUACAUUAUGAACUUCUCAUGUCUAAAGUAGAUUAUGAAGCGACUAAAGGCUGCAUGCAGAGCUUAAUUCCGUCAUGUAGAUUGCCAGCAGUACUCCGUGUUAUCUACCUGUCGAAGUUGCAGAAAGUUGGCAUGGGGUAACGUACGUACGUACAUGAUUUUGAUGGCUAACUACGAGACUAAAGAGCUAGCUUAGAGACUUUUGAAAUGGCCUCGAAGUCUUCUAAGUCAUGUGGAAGGUACUAUAUAUAUAGCUGCCAAUUUCAGAUGAGGCCAUUCAGACAGUUUUAUAUAUCCUAUACAAAUAAACUAGGUUUUUUUUUUUUUUCAUGUAGAAAUGGAAAGAAAAAAAAAAAAAGAGAUGCUAUAUAGCUUUUCAUGUAGAAAACUAAAACAUACAGAUGAUCAUUUCGUAUAUUUGGUCUAUCCGUGGCAUAACGCUACAUCCUUCAUGUAUAUAUCGAAAUUCGAUCCUAAUAUAUUGCAGAACUUCAUUAUUUUUGUA